AUGGCUCAUUUACAGUUCGAAGAAGGCAAGAACAGACCAGGGAAACUAAGGAACAGCCAUAUCCAGGAAGCAAGUGUAAAUACACCUUCCAACACCUACUGUGACUUGUUUUGUAUUGUACUGCAUACCGCUUCAUUUGCUAUGCGGCAGAGAUCAGUUAUCGAAUUCUUGAUAAAUAAAGCCCUUGAAAAUAUCAGCAAGCCUAUAGUUCAACAAUGGCUGAAAGUGGUAGCACCAAACGACAACAAUGCUCUCCACAACUACAUAUGUUUAUCUGCUGUUGCCUAUAGACGGAAACCACGGCAUGAUGGGCUACCAAUUCUUACCUCCAUUAUCCAGCAGCUUGUCAAGCUAGGAUUUGAUGUCAACGCUCCAAACUCAUAUGGGGAAACCGCCCUGUUCCUAGCUGGAGCAAACAGUGACCUCAUCUCUGUGGAAACUCUGAUUAAAUUAGGUGCAGAUGUAAAUGCAAAGUGUUGUGUAUUGCUGGAGACAAUACUUCACCAGGCAUGUUUAUCAGAGAGACACCUGAUGAUGGAGACCCUGUUGCAAGUUCCUGGUAUAGCUGUAAGUGCACUCAAUAUGCACGGAUGGACUCCCCUUCAUUUAGCUGCUCAAAGAGGUGAUGUGUACAAAGUUAGGCGAUUACUGGAGGCUGGAGCAGAUGUGACCAUCCAAUCAAAGCGAGGAGAUACUCCUUUGUUCUUUAGCGUACAGAAGAAGGCAGGUGAUGUCAGCGACAGUGCGUUCAGUUUCAUAUUCGACUUCAUCAAAAACACCAUGGAUGCAGAGAAAGCUGAGGCCAUGUUUUUACAUGUAGACAAGAAGGGGACGCAGGGCAAUGGAAAGCGAAAAGCCAACAACAGGAACGAAUGA